AUGUUUGGCAAAGUCCUCAGGCAUGUCGCAGAGAACGAACCAAUCCGUCUCGUUGUUCUAGCGUCCCAACUAUCACAGUAUGAGGGCGUCCCUCGGGGCAGGAAAUUCGAGCCAGAAUCCAACCUAACCCGCUUCGAUGAACUCUGCAAGCAUAUAUCCACGAUCUACAGCCCUGGCGCUCGAGUCGAUGUGGUCAUGGACGGGCUCAUUCACAACGAUCUCUUCGGAGUCGGAGACGUCGAAGAGUGGGAAUCUAUCAAGGCAAUGGAGGAAGCUGCGGCUAAGAGACACUCUGGGACUCUCAACAUUCUCCCAAUCUGGAACUUAUUGGAGGACGAGCACGACGAUAUCCCGCUGCCUCUGGAAGAGGCUAGGUUCUAUUUCUUGCACCAUGCACAGCUGCUAAAAGACCACCUGAUAUCAAGGUUCGGCAAUCCCAACAACGAUUCUAUCACGAUUCCUCCAACAUUCAAGGCAAUAUACGUCAGCGAACAGUAUUCCAAAUUGUGUGGUGGAGAGAACAAGAACACUGCGGCCAAGGUCGCCCUACAUGUAGAUACAUGA